ACCGACGCCAGGGUUGAGUCGCUCCUUCCCCAGAUCUUGUGCAACCGGAUCAACUGCUGAUCCGACCAACCGUAGUCUCUCUUCUCCCCAGUUGUUCCUUUCGUCCUGCUUCGGCGCCAGGGGCCCAGGCGAACUUGGUUCCAUGUUUGCCCGUCCAGGUUCAGUCCCUUUUGUAUAUCAAAGAUCUCCCUUUCCCUCCUUUUUGGACACUGCUCUGCUUUUGGAGCGCGUAUAGCUGGACUGUUUGUCGCAUUGCCCCGUGAACGCCAAGUAACAGCAAAGCAAUUGUUCCACAUGCACAGUGUCAUUGAGUCCCUCGAAUACAAACUUCCCUUUAAAUAGGUCCUCCGCUCGUUCUGUUUCGAGGUGUGCUUUGGAAAGACCAGCAUUAUGACGAUACAUACACUAUCACUGGGUGCAGCUGUGGCCCCUACAGUAGUGUCGACAUUUAUAUCCCAUUACCUUCAUCGUAAAUCACUGCGCCAUAAGCCUACCCAUCAUUUAUCGUACGACGAGGCCCUGCAUGUCCUCCGCGAGUUUCUCCGUUAUGCAUCGUAUCAUACAGUCGAAGACCUCCAGGCCUUCACAAAUCAAUCGAUUCCAAGUCCGCACUGGGUCAGGUCGGAGGUCGUGACGAUACCCGAGGAGUAUCUGGCGACGGCGGCAAAGACGGUGAUUGAUGAGUUGGGUCCCAAGGGCGUCAAGCGCGUUGGGGGUGAGAAGUGGUGGCAAUGGCGAUUACCCGGGCAAGAUCUGAAGGCGGAAUGGAUCGAGGUGCGAGGCGAUUACAAUGAAAACAAAGCUUCUGGUGCUCAUUGCAAGCGCGUCAUGCUAUAUGUUCACGGCGGAGCAUAUUUCUUCGGUGGCAUGGAGACGCAUCGGUAUCAGAUGCAGCGACAUGCACGGAAGCUGAAAGCUCGAGUAUUUGCACGGUAUGGCCCUGGAACCCAGUUUAUGAUCCGUUCCAUCUACCGCUUGUCGCCGCAAUUUCCAUUUCCUUGUGCACUUCAUGACUGCCUAGCAGCGUAUCUAUAUCUUCUCAGCAUACAUGAUCCGACGGAGAUCAUCCUGGCCGGAGAUUCUGCUGGCGGUGGAAUGGUGGUGUCUAUGUUGGUUACAAUUCGUGACCGUGGAAUACCGCUCCCAGCUGGCGGUAUACUUAUAUCUCCUUGGGUUGACCUAACACAUUCCUUUCCGAGUAUAGUCAAAGACAACCCUGGAGACUAUAUUCCGCCCUACGGCUUCAUGCAGAAACCAUCUGCUGCAUGGCCGCCUCCCAAUGCAGAUGAUAUGCUUGCGAUUGAGCAAGGUGCUCACGACCAAAUUGCUAAAAGCAAGGGCCUGGAGCCGGCCACCUCAAACGAUAACAGGGAGUCGCACGAGGCUCACGUUCACGGCUAUACCGUGCGUCAAACUAAUCUUUCCGAAGAGCAGAAGGCGGCGCACUUCGCAUAUCCAGGUCAUCAAGAUGAAGUGCCACCAUCAGAAGAACCUCAAGCGCCGGUCAAACCUGCUGACAACUUGCGGGUUAUCGUGGACGACAAGGAGCUGGAGAUCAAGGAUCAGAUUCAAAUGUACACGACAAACCAACUUAUCUCUCACCCACUCGUAUCUCCUGUCCUGCAACCGUCGCUUGGUGGUCUUCCUCCCCUUUUGAUUCUUACAGGAGGCGGUGAGAUGUUGCGCGAUGAACAGAUCUACCUCGCGCACAAGGCGGCCGAUCCAAAGAAAUACCCUCCCAACGACGUAUAUCUCAACGAGUAUGAUCCGAACCGAGAGAUUCUCAAUAAAUACGCACCUACGUUUGUGCAGUUGCAGGUGUGGGAUGGCCUAUGCCAUGUGGCACCAACAUUGAGUUUUACAAGACCUGCCAAGUACAUGUUCAGAUCAAUUGCACAGUUUGGAGCUUGGGCACUUGCUCGUGCACAGAGGACAGAGAUCGACAUCCUUGAUGACGACGAUGUUUCCGUCAUCUCAACUAGUGGCACCGAUACCGAUGACCAUAACACUGACCAUUCAGAGCGGAAAGGAACUAACACGAUGCCCUCUUCCGUUGGGAGAGCCGGUGAUCCUUUGCCACCAUUCCACCACCACAUGAUCCGCCAGAGAGUCGACACGAAAGCCCACAUCUACCCUCUGGAUCCUCCCGAGUCACUUGAAGCUCUGCAGCAACCUCCUGAGAAGGUUGGUGCCAUCAAUCCUGACGUUGUGAAGAAAUGGAUAGCAGCCAAGAAAGAAUGGGAUCACAAAUUCGCAAAAGAGAAGCUCAAGGUCCAGAGUGCACGCAUCAAAGAGUUGGCAGCUGGUAUCGAGCGAUUUGAUGGUGAAACUCCACCUCCAAGUGCACUGGCAGGCAGACGGUCGGCUCUUCUGGGUACGAGCAAGAGACGUCAUCGAAGGAGCCCCCUCGUGAUGAUGUGGAACGCUUGGAGCACUAAACACGAUGAGAGGACACUGCGAAGAGAGAUCAGAGCGGGACAGGCAGACCAAACAGCGAACAUCGGAAUCACCGGUGGUGAUGCGCCAACGGUUCUAGCUGCGACUACAUCCCGUCGUCGGAGUAAAUCCCUACAGAAAAGGGAUGCGGCUUCACUCUCAUCAGCUGGUCGAAGCAGAUCUGUUAGUCGAAGACGUGCCGUGAGUGAUACUGGGCAAGCCAGUAUCUCUGGAGAAUCCAGUAUUCCGACUACGAUCACACAGAAUGGGGCCGACGGUGGUAUUGUUGCGGCAACUUCUGCUGGGGCUACCGACACUACAUCAUUGCAACCUCCUGUUUCCGAUUCCCAUAUAUCGGCAUCCUACAUCCUAACCGAUGUUGAUGCGGGCGAUUCGAGAUCUGUCAUCACUGAUGAUAAUACAAGCACUAAAACUCUCCGUAACGCCAGGGGCGUGGCUCCGUUAAUUCGAGGGUCGUCGUUGCGUGCUGAAUAUAGACCGCCCUCGGCAGCAGGAUCACAGGGACCUACUCUUACUGUGACUUCGGACAUGGGAGAAAGCAUGAGCAUCGUGUCGGAUGGAUUUGCACCCAGUCUUGAUGGAGAUAGGGGCCCAGAUCCAAACGCAAGCACGAUCGCGAUCAUUGGAGCCCCCGGCGUUAUCGGACAGAAAGCCAAGAGACAGAGCGGCCUGUCUCACGAAGUCCACUCCAUAUACCGACAAGAGUCUGACAAUACGGGACAGUCCGGUCCUCUCACUGAUGGUUUAGAACCCGAUCAUUCGAGGAUGUCAGCAAGUGUGCGGUCCAUUAACUGUGCUUCGGGCGUGGUAUCACCCAUCGGUGAUGAAGGGAAGGGCAUUGAACAGUCUUCGAACGAGACUCGGCCUGCUAUGCCUGAGCGCGACGAGUUCACUACCGCCCCGGAAAUCCCACUCUCACAAUAGCUGCAUGCAUGCUUUUAGCAAGGCAGCAAACUCUCUUUUUGGAUAGACCACCUUCGUUUCGAUCUCUUUCUCCGUUUUAUACCCUAUAUAUACGUUAUUUACAAGCAUUUAGAAGCGUGGCAAUUUUCUUUUUGUUAGAGUACGAAAUCCUUCGUUAUCGUGGAUCCAACAGUGCGCUUUCACAGAUUUUC